UCCAACAUGAAGACUAUCGUACUUGCUUGUCUCGUCGCCGUAGCUGUUGCCGCUCCUCAGCUCCAGGAGAGGGAGGUUGUCCUUCUUCGCGACGACAGAAUUGCCAACGAAGACGGCUCCUUCUCCUACGCCCUGGAAGCCGACAACGGCAUCAACACAGCUGUUGAAGGAGCUGUUGGAUCUGCCGGCCAGAUCAAUCAGGCGGGAUCUUACACCCUUACCCUUGAAGACGGAACACAGGCUGUUGUCAACUUCGUGGCCAACGAGAACGGCUUCCAGCCCCAGUCCGACAUCCUGCCCACUCCCCACCCUCUUCCUGCCCACGUCUUUGAACUGUUGGAAAUCGCCGAGCGUCAGCGUGCCGCGGGCAUCGUAUUCAACUAAGAGAAUGGAAAAAUACAUUAAAUGUAUGGGUGGGGAACGAAAGCCAACGUAAUAAAGUUUACGAUACAUUA